AUUUAUGAACACAUAUAAUGCAAUACACGUGUAAUGAGUUGUCAAUAAACACAGCGAUUGUCACCAAAGAAAAAGUCUUAAUUAUCAUCAAAAUCAAGACAAUUAUUACCGCCGAAGACAAUGGCCAACUCGUCCAUCGCUUACAGUAUACUUCUGCCGACAUAUAACGAGCGCCAGAAUCUGCCAAUCAUUGUGUGGCUUAUUGUCAAAUACAUGGAUGAAUGUGGUUACGGCUAUGAGAUAAUCAUAAUCGACGACAACAGUCCCGACGGCACUAUAGAAGCGGCCAAACAAUUGCAACUCAUUUACGGCGAGAGUCGUAUCGUUUUGAGGCCGCGGGAGAAGAAGUUGGGUUUGGGAACCGCUUAUAUGCACGGAUUGAAGCACUCCAGAGGCCGCUUCGUUAUCAUCAUGGACUCAGACCUAUCGCAUCACCCGAAAUUCAUCCCCCAAUUCAUCGAAAUGCAAGCGAAGACCGGAUCAGAUGUGGUGACGGGUACGCGAUAUGCGGGCGACGGCGGUGUCUACGGCUGGGACUUCAGGCGGAAGUUGAUCUCUCGCGGGGCUAACUAUUUGACGCAAGUGUUGCUGAGGCCGGGCGUGUCUGACCUGACGGGCAGUUUUAGGCUCUAUAAGAGGGAUGUGUUGGAGAAACUGGUGGAGAGCUGUGUCAGCAAAGGCUAUGUGUUUCAGAUGGAAAUGAUGGCCAGAGCUAACGCUAUGGGCUAUCGGGUGUCCGAAGUGCCCAUCAGUUUCGUGGACCGCGUGUACGGCGAGAGCAAAAUGGGCGCAAUGGAGAUCAUUCAGUUCGCCAAAGGGUUACUCUAUCUCUUCUCUACUCUCUAAUAGAGUAUCCGUAGAGAGAGAGAGAGAGAGAGAGAGAGAGAGAAUUGUAUUUUUAUGUUUUAUAAUUUGAUUAAUAAAUUAUUUGGAUUUUAUUUUUAA